GUGAGAGCAAAGAUUACCGUUUCACAGGUUAUGACCGCGAAGGAUAAUUGUUCUUCCUUUGAUUUGAUUUGAUUUGCUUCAUACUCUUUCAAGAAUUAUUUUUGAUUUUCUCUAGAUAAGUGUUGAGUACAGGAUUCUAAAUGCUUUAAAUGAUGGUUUACUAUUUAUAAUGCAAAUACUAAAAUUGCGCAAUUGUUUGUGUGGCAUCUCACGCGUUCUGAUUAUGGCUAGAAGACAUCGUAUGAGGUAAACUCAAUUUAUGAAGACUAUUAAAGUUGUGUAUUCUUUAUUCCAAGAAGAAAAUAUGAUAAAAAAAUAAUCAACCAAUAUUACGGCACACAGCUAUAAUACUUAUUUGUGCCUGCUUGAAGAUUUGUCCAAAUACGGUCAGACAGACUCUAAAGGACUGAAGUCUGAGAUUGAAGUUUGUGAUGGAAACUUGGCUGAAAAUAUCCCUUCUCCUCUGUUUUUUUGGUUCCAUGAAGGAAUUUCGUCCUUCUGAGCCAUUUGUUACGCAUUACCUCCUUGGAGAAUGGAAGAACUUCACUUCAGAACAGGUUAAUCAAGAUAUCUUCCCAAUUGGAACAUAUGCAUAUCUAGCAGAACUUGUGAUUGUGUUCCUAGUUACUGACCUUCUCCGUUACAAGCCCAUCAUUGUUCUGGAUGGUAUAUUUGGAGUUUUAACAUGGAGCUUGCUGAUUUGGGGGAAAGAUAUUCUAACAAUGCAGAUAAUGGAGAUCUUCUAUGGAUUCUUCAUGGCAGCAGAGGUUGCAUAUUACACAUACAUAUAUGCCCAAGUAGAUAGGGAGCACUACCAACAUGUGACCAGUCACACGAGAACAGCUUACCUUUUUGGCCGUGCCCUGUCUGGUGUCGUUUCCCAAGCUCUUGUAUCAACUGGCACGUUAGACUAUUACCAACUUAAUUUCAUUUCUCUUGCAGCUGUAAGCAUAGCAACACUCUGGGCAUUCUUCCUUCCAUCAGUGCAACAUAGCGUCUACUUUUAUAGAGAAAACAUUAUAACAGAUGGGAUUGCCGAUGCUGAAAACCUUGCAGCUGUCACAGAGGAUUCAGUUGUACCUUUGACUGUACCAGUUAAAAAUGCCACCACUUUUGUGAUUGAAACAAAGCAGCCUACUCAGGACACUUCAGAAAUAAAUGGCAGGUUACAGGAUACUAGGAGAAUUGAAAGUCGGUGGAGAAAAGCCUAUUACUACCUGUGGAAAGAUUUCACUACUUCUUACACAAACCUAUAUGUACUGAAGUGGUCUUUCUGGUGGGCACUUGCAACUUGUGGUUUUUUGCAGAGUCUCAGCUAUAUCCAGUUGGUGUGGCAGGAAAUUAUUGUUGAGAACCAUCAAGACAGUAAUACUGAUCUAUACAAUGGGGCAGUGGAGGCUUUGUAUACUUUGGUGGGUGCAGCUACAUCUCUGGGCCUUGGUUGGUUGCACUUUAACUGGCAUAUAUUGGGUGAGGCUACCCUAGCAGUUUGCUCAAUCAUUGAAGGUGUAUUGCUCAUCAUGUCAGCGAUGACCAAUUCCAUGAUAGUAGCAUAUAUUCUGUAUGUCUUAUUUGGAGUCAUCUACCACACUGUAAUUACUGUUGCCAAUGCUGAGGUUGCAAAAAACAUAAGUGAAGACAGCUAUGGCCUUAUCUUCGGUGUGAACACCUUCAUAGCUCUGGUAUUCCAGUCCAUCUUGACACUAGUUGUUGUCAGUGAUGCAGGCAUGGCGUUGGAGAUACGUCCACAGUUUGUGGUUUAUGGUGGGUAUUUCUUGGUGCUUGGUGUCAUAUUUGGAUGCAUGGCUGUCAACACGCUUUGCAACAAGGAAAUCCGCAAGCAGAAGCUGUGGUUGCCAAAGGAAGUAAUGACAUCUGAAUCACAAAAUUAAGAAAUCUAAAAUUUCUGCAGUGAAACUAAGAAAAGUUCUGAGUGAUUGCUGGUUGUAGAUAUUAUAUUAGUUCAACAAAAAUGAGUUUAUAUUGUUGGAGGCACUUUUUUAAGGUCUUAAAACAUUAAAAAAUUAUAAUAGUAUGUUGCUAAUUUAUGUAAUUGUUAACUUAUUAUAUAUUAAUAUAUUUGUAAAGUAUACUAAUUAUUUUUAAACAUUAUGAAUUAGUGUGUUGGCACUUGAAAAGGAUGUUUUCAUGAUCUGGCACAUUUAAUAAGAUGUCCAGAAUUCUUGGGCUUCAGCUACAGAUCUCAUUUGUCUCAGCAUGGAGCCAAUUAGAGAUAGAACAUAACAAUGAGACAAAGAAACUUCACUAUUUGUUGACCUUAUAUUCGCUUUAUUGUGGGUUUCAUUUGUUCUUUCUGGCAUGUUAUUUGAGAUGGACAUCAGUAGUUUGAUUCAUGUAACAGAGGCUCAAAGAGGGUUUCAUCUACUUUAAUGAUUACCUUGUAUACUCUUGUUUGUUUGUUUAUUUUUGAAAGUACAGAAGCAAGUUAAAUUCCCCACAAUGGGACUUGGUUCAUUGAAACCCUCUGAUUUGGCUUCAGUUUUGCAGAAUGGCAGUGGUUCCUCCUCUAACUUCCUGGCCAUAAUAUUAGGUGUUGACAAUUUGUAAUACACAGUUUUAUUGUACACUUUCUUUACUGAGUUCAUAAGGAAUGAGUUCUUUAUUUAUUAUUUUGGCCCCAAUGGCCAUACUCUAAUUAAUGUAAUAUACAAUCAAGUUAUUUAUUUUGGCCUUGAAGAUGCAGUUGUCUAGACUCUUUUACAGACAAUGGGAAUGUAUGUAAGAGAACUAGUCAGAAACAUUCAAGAAAGAGCAAUUAAGAGAAAUAGUAUGGAUACCAUACUUGUUAAUAAAAUCUCUUCCUGUAUUUUCUUCACACAGAUGAAGAUACAGAUUGAGUAGACUGUCGUUGAAAGCAGUUGAUUCUUUUGCUGAAUUGUUAUAGUUUUAAGAAGUUGCCUUCAAAUUUUAUGUGACUAAUGUAAAAUAAGUUUGAGUUAUGUCAUAGAAUGUCCGCAUUAAAUGUUAAUAGAUACCAUUUGGCACUUCCACGCAUGGCAUACAUAUUUUAAUUUCAUUUGUAUUUUCUGGAAGCUUGUAUUAUCUUGAAAGAAUCAUUUUAUAACAGCAGCACAGUUCUUCCCAGUAAAAGUAUAGAAGUUACAGUAUUAUUAUUAUUGAUGUCCUUAUUCUGUACUGGUGUCAGAAAAGAUAUAGGCAGCAAGUAGGGUUUAUUCUUACCUUUAAGAAGAUAUUACUGUGCUCAAAUGUCAGUGUAAUACAAGCUCACUGGUUUUUAUGCAAGCAAUAGCUAUACAGGUGUUCAUAAAUAAUUUAUUAAUAUUUAUAAAAUGAUUCAUUUUGAUGUUAUGUGAUUUCUCAUUUUGAACAGGGUUUUUUAUUUCUUUUUCUUUAGAGCAUGUAACCAUUAAGACAAGAAGUUGAGGAUAUAUAACAGGUUUAUUUUAUUAUUGUGGUAUGUAGAUUUUUAAUUAUGGUAGUUUAACCACCUGUUACAUACUACUUAAUGUAUUAACUGUUAUUUGUGUGAAUGGUGUCUACUUAGUACUUGUAAGAAAGUUCAGAACUCUCGGGCUCUGUAAAAUACUAGAAAUGCACUGGCUUCAUCAUUAUCUGUUAUAUACAUAACACAUAAUUUCAUAUAUUUCUGUUGUUCUGUGGCAUAAACAAUUGUAUUGUGUUUGAAACAUUUUAUAUUUUACAGAUAGUACAGUUUUAGUGGUUAUAUUUAAAUGUUAAAACAUUGCAAAAUCAUUCAACUUAGAAAGAAAAUACCAGUAAUAUUUUUGAGCCACUUGCAAGCAGGAGCUCAUAACAAGAUAGCUCUUACUACCAAAACACAGGAACUAGAACAAAAUUAUUGAAGAAAGAAAAGCAUGUAGAUUUAAUUCUUAGGGGAAAGAUUUUAAAAUAAAAUAUAUAUGUUUUCUGGA